GCUUAAGGAAUCCCUUUAUCUUUUUCUACCUACAAAUGCCUCAUUUUACAGCAAAGAAUACAGGUGGGAGAUCCUACAGAUCUAAAAUUUGGUGCUAUUUGUUUUGGGCAAGGGAUUUUUCAUUUGAAGUUUUGGAAAAUGGAGAAUGAGAAGAAGGAAAGGAGAAUCAUGAUAGCAGUAGAUGAAGGUGAGGAAAGCAUGUAUGCACUAGAAUGGGCUUUGGACAAUCUUGUACAAAAGAAUCAUGGAAAUGAUGAAUCUCUGAAGCAUGAUAGAAUUAUUGUGGUGCAUGCAGAGAACCAAACUGCAAUUGCAGGCCAAGUUGCUCUUACUCCCCAUGUUAUGGAAGUAAUAGAAAGGAGGCAGAAGCUGAACACAGAGAGAGUUUUAUCUAAUGCCAAAGCUAUUUGUGACCAGCGUAAUGUAAAUAUUGAAACCAAAAUGGCUACAGGGGAUGCACGCUAUGCUAUUUGCGAAGCUGCAGAGAAACUGAAUGUUAAUCUGCUCAUUGUUGGGAGCAGGGGAUAUGGAGCUAUUAGGAGGGCUGUUAUAGGAAGCGUGAGCAAUUACUGUGCCCACCAUGCGAAGUGUCCUGUUCUAAUAGUAAAAAGGCAAACCCAAAAACCCAAUGAAGUACAAUCAUCUGUGUGGUAAAGAAGACAUCUAAUUCCUAUCUUAAAACUCUGAAAUCGGUACUGAUCUGAGAUUGUGAGAUGUACUGAAGUAUGUCGUUUGAUUUGAGAUGUGCUCUGCUGUGCUGCUUUUGUGGAGAUUUUAAGAUUUUUGAAAUUGAUUGUGAUGAAAAUGAGGACGAUUACCCAGGGACAAACCAAAAGAAGUAGACUGGUGUUGGAUUUUCCGUACAUCUUUUAUUGUUCUGUCAGGUUUUGUUUGUGCCUGACAAUAUGCUCAGAUAUUAAUUGUCAUUUUACAGUGCUUUCUGGACUUUAAUCUUUCCCUUUGUUAAAAAAUAUUAGUAAAUUGUUAGAUACGGCCAUCAAUGAAUUACAGGAGGUGCACUUUCAAGUUUAAAUAAACGAUCAUGUUAGUGCUGUUUGCUGCUUUUGGGUC